AUGCUGAACGGACGUACAAGUGUUAAUUCGGAUACAUCAGUAUCUCACACAUUAAAUCAAGUAAAUGGACAAUUAAUAAAUCUUUAUCAACCUCAAAUAUCAAAUACAUCAAAUACACCAACAGGUGUUUCAUUGAAUGCCUCACCAAAUCAACAUUUACCAAUUACAAACAAACGAAUGUUUCAAGUACGUCGAACAUUUUUAUUAAUCGUCACAUUCGAUGUUAUAUUUAUGGUACUUCUAUGGAUUAUCUAUAAUCAAAUUAAAAAUAUAACGGUUGAUCAAGCUUUUGUUAACGAAGUUAUUCAUUAUUCUAUUAAAACAUCUCUAUUUGAUAUUGUUGGUCUAUCGGCUCUUCGUUUUAUUUUAUUAAUGAUAUCGUACGCAAUACUAAAAUGGUCACAUUGGAUUUUCGUAGCUUUUACAACACUUAGUUCAACUGGUUUUAUCAUUGCUAAAACAUGUGUAUUUACAAUUUCUAAAACCGAUAAAGGUUUUACUGAUUAUGGUAUUUUGAUUGUAUCAUUUAUUUUGGCAUGGGUUGAAAUCUGGUUUUUUGAUUAUCGUGUUAUUCCUCAUGAACGUCGUUUACGAGAAGCAUGUAUGAAAAAACACAAAUGAUAGAAUGAUUAAAUUAAUCAAUUGAAUAAUAAUCUGUUUUUAUUUUCAUAGUAAAUCA